AUGUCCCCCAGCGAGUCGCUUGCACGCCUGCGCGCCGUCGUGGGCUACAGCUCGUCGCCCGUCGUGCAUCCCACCCACCCCCCGCGCGAGACAGUGCCCUCGCUGCCGUCCUCGCCCGACGUCCCCCUGCGCCGCCUGCACGUGCAGAUUGCCCGCACAACGUCUGCUAACACGGCGCCUCCAGCCAAGCGCAAAGCGACCACCGACGGCAGCGGCGCCUCCCCCAAGCGUGCAAAGCAGUCUCCGUCGUCCGACGCCAACGCCGACGACGCCCCCGCGCCCCCGGUCAGGCGCAUAGUGCCCUUCCCCGAGAAGCCUGCCGUCAUCGAAGAGCGCAAUGGCGAGAUCGAGUUCCGCGUCGUCAACAACGACGGCCACCGCGAGAGCACCAUCAUCUUGACCGGGCUCAAGUGCAUCUUCCAGAAGCAGCUGCCCAAGAUGCCCAAGGACUACAUCGCCCGCCUCGUCUACGACCGAACCCACAUGAGCAUCGCCAUUGUCAAGAAGCCCCUCGAGGUAGUCGGUGGCAUCACAUACCGUCCCUUCGACAAGGGCCAGUUCGCCGAGAUUGUCUUCUGCGCCAUCUCCUCUGACCAGCAAGUCAAGGGCUACGGCGCACACCUCAUGUCGCAUCUCAAGGACUACGUCAAAGCCACGUCGGACGUCAUGCACUUUCUCACCUACGCCGACAACUACGCUAUUGGAUACUUUAAGAAGCAGGGCUUCACCAAGGAAAUCACGCUCGAGAAGCGCCGCUGGAUGGGCUACAUCAAGGACUACGAGGGUGGAACCAUUAUGCAGUGCAGCAUGGUACCCAAGAUUCGGUACUUGGAGAGUGGGCGCAUGCUGCUCAAGCAGAAGGAGUGUGUCAACGCCAAGAUUCGCGCCGUCUCGAAAAGUUUCCUGGUCCACACGCCUCCAGCACAGUGGGCCAAGGGAGAGGUCAAGGCGAUUGAUCCCCUGACCAUACCGGCCAUCAAGGCAUCAGGGUGGUCACCCGUCAUGGACGAGCUUGCACGAGCUCCCCGCCACGGGCCAAACUACAACCAGCUGCUGCAUCUGCUCAACGACAUGCAGAACAACUCAAACGCCUGGCCGUUCCAGCAACCUGUCAACAAGGACGAGGUUCUCGACUACUACGACGUGAUCAAGGAGCCCAUGGACCUGGCGACAAUGGAAGAGAAGCACGAAAAAGACCUAUACCCUACGCCUGAAGACUUCAUUCGCGAUGCGAAGCUCAUCUUCGACAACUGCCGGAAGUACAACAACGAGAGCACUCCAUAUGCGAAGGCGGCGGGCCGCUUGGAGAGAUUCAUGUGGCAGCAAAUCAGGAACAUUCCUGAAUGGUCGCAUCUUGAGGGUGAGCUUGGCGGGAAAUAA